AUGGCGGCACAAAACAUACAGCCUAUGCCUGCUUUUGAACCAAGGAGUGAUCCUACAAGUACAAGUGCGAGAUGGACACGAUGGCUGGAGAGAUUCAACACAUAUUUACUUGCAGCAGAUAUUAAAGACGAUGCGAGAAAGCGAGCUUUAUUAUUGUAUCAGGCGGGGCCCGAAGUACACGAAAUUUUCAAGAAUCUAGAAGAGGGCGAAACCAAAGAUUUUAAGUCAGCAGUGAAAGCGUUGACGGAGUAUUUUGAACCAGAGAAAAACGUGACAUAUCGCACCUAUGUUUUUAGACAAGCGACGCAAGGCAAAGAGGAAUCAAUCGACGAAUUUCAUCCACGUUUACGAGGCUUGGCAAAGUACUGCGAAUUUACAAACAUAGAUUUUGAAAUAAAGAUGCAGAUUGUUACGAACGGCACUUCUUCAAGAUUACGAAAGAAAGCACUACAAGACCCAAAAUAUAGUUUGGCAAACAUGUUAAUCAAUGGACAAAAAUACGAAACUAGUUCAGCUCAAGCCGUUGGGAUCGAAGAACAAUUCAAAACAAGGGAAAAUAUAAAUGCAAUGGCUAUGACAACGCCCACUGAGAAAAAGUGUUAUUACUGCGGUUUCAAGUAUCCACACGACAAUCAACCGUGCCCAGCGAAGUCUGCUAUUUGUAACCACUGCGGAAUAAAGGAACACUUCGCUAAAGUCUGUCGAACACGAGGAAAAUAUUUCGCAAGUAAGGGAAACCUUGAGAAAUUACAAACGCAAGAUUUUACCUCCCCAGACAAAAGGUACCAAUCACGAUGGGAUGAGAAUAAACAACGAAAACAACAAGUUAAGGCUGUCGGAAUAUCACAAAGCGAACCAAAUACUGAAAGCUCGGAAGAAGAGGAUUAUGUUUACACAGUAUCGCAAGAAACGAGGGAGAAAACACACGCGACCGUAAAAAUAAAUGGACAGGACGUUUUAUUUUUGGUUGACACUGGCGCGACUGUUGACAUCAUUGAUUCUACGACAUACGCGAAAUUAAAGAGGAAAAGUUCAUUACGUAAAAGUUCAACUAAAAUCUACGCAUAUGGAUUUCACACACCUCUGCCUCUAAACGGACAAUUUCAAGCAACACUCGAAUCGAAAAAGCGUUAUACCGUGUCGCAAAUAUAUGUAAUAGACGGUGCAGGAGGAAAUUUGCUAAGUGCUAAAACAGCCCAAGAUUUGGCCUUGGUCCAGCUAAUUAAUACAAUUUCCGGUUUUCCUGAACAAGAUAAACAAACAAAGACAAAUCAAAACAAUACACACAGCACUGCAUGCGAGACCAAUCCAGAAAUCAACACAAGUGUUCCUCAAUCAAAAGACCCCAAAAUACAAGAAACCAUAAACAAAUAUAGUACAGUUUUCAAGGGGCAAGGAAAAUUAAACAAUCAACAAAUUAAACUUCAUAUCCGAGACGAUGUCAAACCAGUUAUGCAGCGUCAAAGACGUAUACCAUAUCAUGUGAGAAAGGAUGUUUCGAAGGAACUAAAGAAACGAGAAGAGCAAGACAUUGUCGAGAAAGUCGCCAAUCAACCAACACCAUGGAUAUCUCCAAUAGUCGUCACGCCAAAGAAAGACGGAGGUAUUAGACUCUGUGUAGACAUGAGGGAAGCAAAUCAGGCAAUCGAAAGAGAGAGACACACAAUGCCAACUUUACAAGAUUUUAAAGCUGAGGUAAAUGGAGCAAAGUUCUUCUCAAAGAUUGACCUAAAGCAAGCAUAUCACCAGCUCGAAUUACACCCGGACAGUCGAUUCAUUACAACGUUUUCUACCCAUGAAGGACUGUUCCAGUAUAAAAGAUUAAAUUACGGUACGAACAGUGCAGCCGAGAUAUUCCAAAAUGUGCUACAACAAAACCUUAGCGAUAUCAGAGGAGUGAAAAACCUGGUGGAUGAUAUUAUUAUUCAUGGUAAAACCCGAAAGUCACACGAUGAAGCACUAGAGAACUGUCUAAAACGGCUAGCAGCACUAAACUUGAAAGUGAAAGGGGAAAAAUGUGAAUUUCUACAAGACGAAAUUGCAUUCUUCCGAUUAAAAUUUACAGCAGCAGGAACCAAACCAGAUCCAGAGAGAAUUGAGAACAUGGUUAGAGUACCAGCUCCCAAAACUGCUGGAGAAGUUAGAAGUUUUCUGGGAAUGUCCAACACUUGCCACGAAUACAUUCCAGAUUAUGAAACUAUUACAGCACCUCUAAGAAAACUAACCAAGAAAAACAUUGCGCUUAAGUGUGAAAAUAGACAUCAGAAAGCAUUUGAGCAGUUUGAAAAAGAAACUAACAAGUACCCCAGUUAUGGCAUAUUUCGAUACAAAGAAACGAAGUCUAGUAAUCGUAGAUGGCUCCCCUUAUGGAAUUAG